AUGAAAGCAACUGUUGAAGGCGAGAAGGAUGCAUCACGAAAAGUGAAAGUCCCGAAGCGUCCGGAGGUGAACAACGGUGGAAGCUUGGAAGACUGUAUUUCCAACGUCUUUUCAUUACUAGAGUUGCCUGGAAUCAAAUGGAAAUGUUUUCGCCCUAAAUUAAAUGCUCCACGAGGGGUACCACUCACCUCAGAUUUAGUCUUAAAAGCAUAUAGCAGAUGUUUAACGGACGGUAUACUUUGCACAUGGAGACGAAAACCAUCACCUCCUACUGGCAAUAACGAGCUUCUACCUCCAACUCAUUUCUUCUCGAAUGAUUCUCCAAAAGAGCUCUGGGUAUUCUGGUACGACGCCGAGCCGACAGCAUUGGGAAAAUAUUGUGAAGGACUAGAUAGCGAUGAGGAGUUAUCGUCAGCGAAUCAGAUGAAUAUUGUUAGUUAUGAAGUUCGUACCAUACUUUUCAAAGCGUUGCACGUUGUUCUGGAGCGAGACCUGACCAAAGAUGGAUUUGUUCGUUUUGGAAGAUGGUUCACUAUGCCUUUGGUAGCUCGAGAUCACUAUCUUCACUUUAUGUAUCCUUCUCAUUCCCCUGCUAUCCGAUUCAACUUUUUUGUUCAUGGAACUAGCACAAUCUGUGCUUCGAUUCAAGCUCAAAGACAACCAACACUGAUCAAAUUGGCAAGACGACAUUUCGAAUGUAAAACACCAAAGCGAUUCCCGGUUGUCAUUGGUCCGUGGUCGAUGCGUGGUUAUCUGAUAGCUGAUCAGAUGACACUUCUCGCCGAUCAAAAAAUACAGGAAGCUGCUGAAAAAGAAUGGAAUCAAUGGAAGGAAUAUCUGCAAUUGGAAGAAAAAGAACCAGAAAAUGUGACAGAAGAGAGACAGAAAACACCAGAAGCUGAACCCCCAGCUCCUCCGCAAACGACGCGAGUGUUGUUGGCGUCUUCAUCAGAUGAAGAUCAAGAAAAAAAUGGAGGUGAAUUAAAAAGCGAAGAAGUUUCGCAAAAAAUUCGUUGGAUGUUUGAACCCGAUCUUCGACAGGAUAAACCGAAAGAAGAAACGGCAGCAGAGAAGGAAAAACGAAUGGCAGCAAGAGAAGUACGGCGAUUGCGAAGGCAAAGGAGAGAAGAACGACGAAGAGAGAUGGAAAAACAGAGAAGAGCAGAUGAUAAUCUAGAAGACUACGAUUCCGAUGUUGUCACAGAUCAAGAUGAGGAUGAAGCAGGAAAAGAAGAAAUUGUGAACAAUGAUGUACCCAAAAUGAUACUCAUUGAAAUUGACAACGUUCGUUUGUUGUACCCUUCAAAGUUUGUCUGUAUUACUGUUGAAGAAGACAGACAGAUGUUGGAAUCGAUGGGAUUCAAAUGCCAUCCAAUGCCACAAGAGCUUCAAGUACCGGGCCGUCGUCCACGUAACAAGAAUGUCGUUAAUAUGUCAAACCCGCUGCUGUCCACUAUGGCUGUGUAUCAAUAUGUUCAAAAUGAGAAACGAGCUGAAAGAGAGCAUUUCUAUCCAAGAAACAAGCCAGUCGAAAUCGAAACGGACACUAAUUUCGAAAUUCUUUCAAAUCCAAAAGCUCGGAGGGUUGCACCACCAAAAUCGCCUACUUUUCUGAGCUGGGAAUCGCAACGGGCAAAUCAUUUCGACACGACUGACAUUUUCGUGAAUAGGCUUUUUGAAAAGCUCUUUCGUUUAGAUGCCGACACUUUCGAUGAAAAUCCUCGUCUGAUAAAGUUCGCAUGUCUGUCGUCUCAGUUUAUUCGUCGUAAAUGGAAAUGGCUUCACAAAAAACAAAUCCUAUUCUGUGGGAAGGCUAGGAAGAGAUUUGGAAUCGGAUCACCGCAGAAUUUUGCUUUGAAUAUGAUGAAAUCGCGAGAGAAAAGGAAAGAAUAUCAGCCGUACCAUAGGAAAAGACCUGCGAAAAGUGUGAAAGAGAAAAAGAAGAAGGCGAAGCGGAAAGUUAAAAAAUUCGUAAGGUACAAUAGUCCAGAACAAUUUCUUGCUUCGAUGUCCAGAACAAGAAAGAAAUUUAAUGCUUGGAAACAGAAAAAGAAAGGACCACCACCUAAAAAAGAUCUUGCCAAAAAAGAAGCUGCCGCGGACAAAGACAAAGAUAAGGAUAAGGAGAAAGAUAAGGAGAAAGACAAAGAUAACGACGACGAUCCGUUUGUGAUGGAUAAGGUGUCUCAACUAGAUUGGGCGAAUUUUAGUGAAGACGAAACGAAUGGGAACAGUUUCGCCGAUAUCGAGGAAGCUUUGGUGAGCGAAGAACACAUAAAAUUUUCCAGUCUCUACAAUCCCGCUGGUGGAGAUAUUGAGGAAGGAGACGAAACUUCUAAUGAAUCGCCCGACGAGAAAACCCCUGAAGGCUCUCCAAAUGGUUCCCCCAGGCCGAAAGAAGAAAUUGAACCAUUCUUUCCAAUAACAUAUCUAGCUGCGAAACCGUCGAAUAUCGAAUCGGAUCUUGGACCGGACGUCGAUGAUAUGACUGAAGAGCAAUUUAAUACCGAGUACGUACCAAAGGAAUAUGACAUAACUCAAGAUCCAAAGAAAGUGAAAAACGGGCAAAUACCAAUUUCUGAAUUUUCUAAAGAUAACCAAUUUUAUCAUGGAGAAAUAUGCCGACUUGGACUGAGAGGUUACAAAAAGAUCUGUGCGGAACGUGAUCGGGAGGAAGCCGCUAGAAGAACGAAGUGGUUGCAGUUGUACCGAUUGAAAGUUGAAAAGCGGAGCAUCAAAACAGCACGGCAAUGUCAUAGAGAUUAUUUGAGGCAGAUUGCUAAGCGAUGUUUGAGAAAAGCUUUGAGAAGGUUGCGAAUCACUGCUAAAAAAGAUGCUCUGGCUCCUCCUCCACCCAAACCGAAGCCAGUUGAUCCGGUGUUGAAAAAGAAAGAAGACGCAAAGAAGUUUGAAAUGAGUUUGAAAAUAAUGGAGAGAGAUCUCGGGAAUUUGGAUAUGAGUGCAUUCUGUCAGGUUCGAGAGAAAGCUGGACCUCAUGGGGUAAGUUUUCCUGAGAUAAUUCUGCUAACCAAUCCAAAGUGGCUUAAGGUGCGAAGUACUGCGGGAUACAUGAAACCAAAUUAUUUCAACUCCCCCCAUGGAUCAUUUGACCAUGAUUCGGAACCGGAAUUCGACGAGCAACGAACAGGACUCGGAGAGGGAACAUCUGAUCAGUACCAAGACGGGGAGUCAGUUGAUAUGAUUGAUAUAGAAAGAGAAUUAGCCAAUGAUCCUUCAUCGUAUCUUUCCAAUGCCGAGCACAUAAGAACCCUCGGAGAACACAUCGGUCCUGACGGAAUGCUAUCACCACCUGCGAGCAACGAGAUGCCAAAAGGAGGUCCUUUAUCGGUGGGUCCAGCGUCCAUCGAGUCGCAAGGACUCAAUCAAAUAUAUCCGACGCCGCCAUCUGUACAGAUGCUUCAGGCAGACGCAUCACAGGCACACUCACCGAGCAUUGGCGGCAAAUUCCGAUCGACCGCAAACGAUGAUAUCGACAGGGCUGCUGCUUCUGGUAAAACUAUUGUUGAUAUUGAGAUAGAGGACAUUGAGACUGGAAAUAUGCAAAGAUGGAACAAAAUUGCGAAUCAAUCGAAAUUGUCUAAAUUUCUCGUAGCGUCUCGCGAUAAUCCAAUUUUGAAAGGAAGGAAAACGAAGUAUGACACUCCAGCGACAGAUAAAUUUGAGAUCCGAUGCCAAGUAGAAAGAGUCACUGUUCCAAUGGCUUACGAGUCGAUGGUAACAAGGAAUUUCGAAUGUGCUCCACCUCACACUUUCGCCGAGUUGAUCAGACAGAGUAGAACGGGUAUUAAAAAAUAUACUCGUCCUUUGCAAAUCCAGUCAACAUUGGCUCGUCCUCCUCCUGGAGCAACAUCCCCACUGCCACCUCCAACUCCGAUGUUCAACCCUCAUACACUUCCUCUACAUCACACGUCACCUUUCUCUGCUGGUCCAAUGUCUCAUCAUUCAAUGGGACCACCAGCGUAUCCACCAACACCUGGACCAUACCCUCCAACAACACCAACAUAUCCGGGUAUGACACCAAGACCUGGAUCUAGCUAUGGACCCGGCUACCCGAAUCACCAUCAGAUGAUGCCUCCUGGCUAUCCGAACCAAAUGGGUCAGAUGGGAGGAAUGAAUGGAAUGGGAGGAAUGCCAGGAAUGGGCCCGAUAGGGAUGCAGAGACAAUUUUCGAAUCCACAGAUGUAUCAACAUCAUCAGAUGAUGAGAAUGCAACAGAUGAGGAUGCAAGGCGGGCUACCCGGAUACGGUGCUCCUGGAGUUCCACAAUACCCUCAACAGUCUCCAGUCUCCGGAGGUCCAGAAUCCAUACGGAACACAGAUGCCCCCAAUGAUCCCACAGUCUCCAAGCUUCAAUCAGCCGUAUCCAGGAAUGGGAAAUCAGAUGAUGAGUCCGAUGCAGCAACAUCAAUUCCAACAGCAACAGAUGAUGCAACAGCAGCAACAACAACAGCAGCUCAACUUCAAUUACAACGGAGUCAAGCUCAUCAGAUUCAGCACCAACCUAACCAACAGACAAUGCAAUCACUCCAACUGACUCCAGAGCAGUUGCAAAUACAACAAAGUCAACAGGUACAGGCAGUGUUCCAGCAAUUGCCGGAUCGAGAGAAGAGAAAAUAUCAACGUCGUCAAAUUCAACUGAUGAAUGGAUUAAUGCCCACUUCACUGCAACCGGCUUCAAUUAAAGCUCUUAAAAAUCCGCCAGAUGCCAAUAUCCCAUACAAACGACAAGACAUCAUUUACAAUCCACCAAAUCCGGCUCAUCCGAGGGGGGACAGUCUUACCAUUGCAAUUGUACUUUCUGAUACUCUACUCGACCUACACUUUGAUUCAGUGUUCGAUGCUUGUCCAAUCUGUUCCUGCUCCGUUUCCAUUCGUUCGAGAGAUCUUGGAAUGUACAUUAUUCCGCAUGCCGUUCUAAGUUCAAGAGAAAUUGGUGAAACCAACAAGCGAGAAUAUACAACUGGAACUUGGAGUGGCUUCCAUGUCAAUUCUGCAACCAGUUGUACCUGUGGCUUCAGUGCUAUACGUCAUCGGUACCUCUCUUGCUGUGCUGGAUUGUUUGACGAAGAUGCAGACGAGGCAACAGCUUCUGAGCAUGCGAAUGCGCCAGUGAUUCCACCGUUAUUUGCAAGAAAUACAACCAAAACCCGAGAUAUGAUGUGGUUCGAUCCGCAAUCAGUUCAUGAUUUGGCUCUUACCGAUCAAAUUCGGCAAAUGGCAUUCAGUAACAGUCUUGGGAAAGCAGUUUCUCAAAUGGCAACUGAGAAAGAACACAGAAGAAAUAUUACGAACGCUGUUGAUAUUGGAACGGAUAUCACUGUCCCAACGGAAUAUGUUCUCUCCCAUGUAGAUACACUUGAACUUAUGAUGCUUGGAAUGUCUGCACUGGGUCCGAUGCAAACUCCUGAAACGACGGGAAAUCAGUUUACCCCACAAAGCAAGUACCUCAGCUACUUCCAUCCAUGGGGAUUCCAGACUGCCAAUGAAAUUGCCGAAUUAGAAUCAUCGGAAUGGGUGGAUCUUCUUGAUAUUAUCACUCCAACGCUUGAAUCGUCGAUGAAACAAGCAAGACGUCCUUCAGUAGAAACUCCGUUCGUUAUUGAAGGACCGAUGACGUGGAAACAGGUUGUGACAAAAGCAAUUCGCGGAAAACCCCCAACGGAUGAAGACGAGGACUUUUCAUUGGCAGAGCCAGUUCCCGCUGUAAUGAGAGCAUUGGAACAGGAAGCGGUCAGGGCUGCACCCAACAUUGAACAGUAUUAUGAUCAAGCUGAGCUUGGACCAGUGGAUCAGCCGAAGGAUGUCAUGUAUAUCACAAUCAUCCCAGAUAAUGAUGAUAUCUAUGAGAGAACGGUCAAAUUCAUGCAUACUAUGACAGAAACGUAUGAGAGAAUGCGACUAGGACGCCACAUUCCGUUCCCGGUCUCUACUGGAACUGCUUCACGGUUCCGUGAAGUGUUGAAAACCUAUCAACAUCAAUUCCCAUAUCAGGAGCAAAACCAACAGCUGGUCGAAUUCACUAAUAAUCGGCUCGAAGCGGUGCCUCAAGAGCUUUCAAACAAUCCUGAUCCACUGAACACCGAUCCGGAAAAAUGGAGUAAAAGAUUGAAAAGGAAACUUGAGCUCAGCGAAGAACUCAAAAAAGCAGACGAACAUCCAGCUCCUCCUUCGACACAAUCUGAAAACAGUGAAGGGAAUGCUGCCACACCUGCUGCUGAAACCUUGUCUUCAAUCUUCUCCGACGACGCUUUUGUUGAAGAAAGACAUAUAAAUUCUACUGAAGAAGCUCCUACAACUACUGAACGACCUCCAAAUUCUCUCCCUUACCGCAUAACAAAUUGGCACGAGAAGGAUGACGACACAUAUGAACAUCCUCCAGAAGUACACGAUACCCUACCAGAGGGUUUCUACGAGCGAGAAGGAAUUUUGAGAGUCGGAAAACCAUUAGAACCUUUGAGAAUUUCGCAUACUGUCGUCUCAACUCGCGAGUUUGACAAUAUGACACAACAUCUGAGCGACGCGCAAGGUUUCGUCAGUAAACUACGUAUUUUCUUACAACAAAUGGAAGAUCUUGUCUUCCAUACAUUGUCUGGGAGUAGUGAAGCUUUCGAGCGAAGAGGAUAUCGAUAUCAAAUGGCUGUUGAAGGAAGAUUGAAACGUCAGAAACACAAAAGAGAUAUUGAGGAGGAACGACUCAGAUAUGAGGCGGCAAAGGUUCAAGAUGAAGCUGAUAAACGAGAAAAAAUGGACGAGGCCGAUCUUUUCCCGGGGGCUGAAGUUGGAGAGGAAACCCCUAGUCCAUGGGUGGAUGAUGAGUUGGAAGAGAAGAAGAGGAAUAAACAAAAGGAAAAUGAACAGUACCCGGCUGAAGAGUCUCAAGCACCAUCUCCAGUGCCAGCUGGAAUGAUUCAUAUCCCAGAAACCUUGUCCGAACAAGAAAGAAAAGUUCAACCAACUCUCGCUGAUAUGUUUGCUGAUCCUUCCACAGUUGCGCCGAUCAAUGCUCAGAAUAUUCCAUGGAAACAAAGGGAUACACGAGUUCAAAAUCCAUUCCCCUACUCAAACCAGCCACCAGUCGCCUUCGAAGCAGUCGGCUCUAACGACACGGAUGCCUACUCGACGCUUCCUCAUGUCAUCGUUUUGUAUGUCGUCAAUCCAUUCUCUUACGGAGCAGAAGGUCAAUCAGCAUUGCACAUGCGCAUCGCACUACUUUCAUUCAUUCGUGCUUACAACUCGAUCGUUGGUCGACUUCCGUUCACUAAACGUACACAACUUCAAUUGGAAAUAAUUGGAAUGGAGAGUUUGGAUGAUAUGGUGAAGGGUAUUCCCGACUAUUUAAAUGAUUCACAAGUGCCAUUCGAUAUUCUGCACGACUAUCCAGUCAGAAAUGAAAGACCAUCCGAAUCAGGUCAAGAAGCUGCUGCUCGAUCGUUAUCCGUUGCUGUCUACACUCAUCCACGCGUAUUCACUCCGGAAGUCUAUAAAGCAGUAUCCGCUAGAUGUAUGACUGCAUUCGGUCCUGGUAGUCAGUUGAUCAACACCGUCAACAACAUUGAAAAGAUAAACCAAGAAGCGUUUUACCAAAUGUCAAAAAGAUCGAAAACCGCGUUGAAUAAUAUGGAUGGUUACAUGGGAAUGAUGGGAUCUCAUCAAGUGGAAACGAAGGCCCAUAUUUCUUAUCGAGUCCCAUCAAACAUCGUUUGCUUGGCACCACCUCCUGCGAUUUAUCAAAUGGAUGAAGAAGGAAAACCGAUUCUGAAUCAGUUGGACGAGCAAACACUAUUUAUUUCAUACUGUCUGGUUGGAACCGAAUACCUUGUUGCCACGGCUACAGAUUCACAAGGAAAACUAAUUGAUAACUGCAUCGCGAACAUGAAACCACGCCGACUUCACAAUCAAGUUUAUCGAUACAAAAACAAAACUCAAAUUCUUGAUGGAAUGGGAAAGCUUUGGUCGUUUAUUCUGGGUGUGAUGUCGUCGGAUAUCAAAAACUGGAGACUUGUCGUUGGAAGAUUAGGAAGAAUCGGACAUGGAGAGUUCAGAGCAUGGACUCAUCUUCUCAACAAGACCUCACUUCUUCGUUAUUCUUCAAGUCUAAAAGACAUUUGUGGUGCUUGUCGCAGCAUGCCAUCAGCCAUCGGAACUCCAGCUAUACUAUCUGCGUGUCUCAUCACUUUAGAGCCUGAACCCAGUAUUCGGAUAAUGCCAAAAUUCCAUGAUAUCGAUGAGUCGAUCAAGAAAAACCUCAUCUUCCAAACUCCAGGAGAUUUAUCGUGCACCCACAUUUUGACAUUCCCAGUCGGAACCGAAAUAAAUCUCGAAGUCCAAGACCAGACAGCCGACACAAAGGGUGACGAGAACUGGGAGUUUGGAGAUCUAGAUAUUAUGGAAGGUCUUGAUGACGGAGAUACAGAAAUUAUGAAGGAUCUCGGACUAGAAACUCCCAGCAGUGCCGCGAUUCGUCAAACUGGAGGAGUUUCCAUGUUUUUCAGUGAGGACUCGUCUUCAAUCGAAAUUCAAAACCAGCCUCUCGCUUCCGGAUACUAUAUUUCAACAGCACCGGCACCAGAACUACCCAGCUGGUUUUGGGCUACUUGUCCAUCAGCGAAGCGUCACUCUCCUGUUCACUUGAAGUCAUCAUUGCACAUUAACAUUAGCGAAGUCAAGAAUGACGAUAUUGCAAUGGAGUCAGCAAAGGAUAAGGAAAAAGAGAAGGAGGAGAAGGAUAUCCAUCCAUUGGAAUCCCGUCAAACCGAAGAAGUUCUUCGUCACGUCCUCGAGUCAUACAACGCUCUAUCGUGGCUCAACCUUAAUCGUCAAACUGGAGACCGUUACAGUUGUCUCCCAAUCCACGUUCAACAUCUUCUGAGACUUUAUCAUAGUGUAGCACGGCUUCUAGUCUAG